AUGGGCAUGUUGGCGAGGAAGACGGAGGUGGGGAAGCCCAAGAAGGCGACGGUGGUGAAGCCAAAGGUUGUGGCAGUAGAAGAGAAGCCCAAGGACCGAGAGGAAAAGAAGGAGAAGGUGCUGCCACCCCCGCCAGCAGAAGAGAUGGAGAUGAGAGUCUACAUGCACUGCAAGGGAUGUGCCAAGAAGGUCAAGAAGAUCCUUAUACGCUUCGACGGAGUUGAGGAUGUGUUUGCUGACUGCAUAUCACGCAAGGUGGUGGUUAAGGGGAAAAAGGCGGCCGCCAACCCGAUGAAGGUGGUGGAGCAUGUUCAGAAAAAGACUGGCCACAUGGUUGAGCUCAUCUCCCCGAUACCACCUCCUCUGGAGGAGAAGAAAGAAGAGGAGAAAAAGGAGCCUGAGCCAGCCAAGCCGGAGGAGCCGCUGGGGAUCAUCACUGUUGUGCUCAAGAUGCACAUCCACUGCAAUGCAUGUGCUCAGUGGAUCCUGAGGAGGAUCAUCACAAUGAAAGGGGUGCAAUCUGCAGAGGUAGACCUAGAGGCAUCACAGGUGACAGUGAAGGGUGUUUUAGAGGAGGCCAAGCUGGCCCAGUACUUGUACAGGCGCACCGGUAAGCAUGUGGCCAUCAUCAAGUCCGAGCCUGCCGCUCUGCUGGAGAGCGCUGGUGGCGACGACGACAUGGCCAACGAGGAGAAUGUGGUGGAAGUCGGUGAGGGCAGCGGCAACAGCAACAGCAAUGGUGAGGAGUACACAGCGGAUAACAUGGAGAACAACACUGCGGCCAUCGCCCCGGCCAAUAUGUACAAUUACUACUACCCGCAGCAGUAUGCAUUCCCUGGGGGCUACUACCCGCAGUACUACUCACAGCCGCCGCCGCCGCCAAGUUACUUCUAUCAGGCAGCCUAUCCACCACCGUCGUACUCAUAUCCGAUGUACGCGCCGUACCACCAGCAGAUGAUGGCGCCACAGAUGUUCAGCGACGAGAACCCGAACGCAUGCUCCAUCAUGUAAAUGAUGGGGGUUCGGAGACAAUAAGAAGCGGGGGACCAGAAAGAAGGGAGCAGCAUAAUUUGAAGGUUAUCUUUGAAAAAAAAAGACCCCUUGAACGGAAGUACCAGCCUGUUUGAGGGGUUAGAUUUCCAUUUUUGUUCUUCGUUUUUCUAAGUUACAAACCCCGGCUCCUUUUUCAUCUUUCUGGAUAAAUUAAGUUUGGACUUGUCAGUUUA